UACAGUCUUGGCCGCGGUAUAGCUACAAGAUUUGGUCGACGUGCCGUGGCCUCUGUUGUCUGGUGGUUCCUUUGGGCGGGAUGCAGGUUGACGGAGGGCGGGUGCUUUCCAACGCGCCACUGCGUAAGACCAAUCACAAAGUGACCUCCCCGGGCAGUGCGGCCACGCAGGCUGCUCCAAGCAGCCGAGCUUUGGCGCGGCGGGCAGCCGUAAUAAAGAGUUCUACGCGAAGCAUGCAACGGACGUUGCGGUUCGCGUGGAAUUGGAGCGGACUCGGGUCAGUCAGCCUAUCAGGAAGAAACGAUCUCGGCCUGCACCGUCGUUAGACGCCGCCGAGGAGGCGGCUAUGGGCCAAGGGUCUGGAGAACAGCACCCGAAUGGUCAGGCGGGCAAGGUUGAUGCUGCGCCCAUGGAGGCAAGGAGUGAUUCUCAACCUCUCACCCGGAGACAAGCCCAGAGAGAGACCGCUGAAGAUAGGGCGGCUCGUCGAACGCCUAGCCAAGGUACACAAGCACGUUGUCUCAAGGUUGCUGUGAAGAUGGAGAGUGCCGCGCAUCCCGUAGAGGCUGUACAGAUGGCCAACGGAACGCCGAGGCCUGUGCCGCCGAUGAGGAAGCCCACGUGGAACCCCGCGAGGAGGCAACAAGAGGCGAAGAACUUGCAACGACGUCUUAAGAAAGCAGAGAAAGAGGGCGUUAUCUUGACGCGAGCCAAUCGCGUGGACCCAAACUUCCGACGACGGGCGGCACCGGGGAAAGGGAAGGGCGCUAUCGAAGCGGUCCGGAAGUAUAUGGCGAACCCGGAGAAUAGGGAGGAGGUUAACCUCCGUGCUCAAGAGAAAAGGAAGGCCUUAUCCAAAGCGGAGCUGGAAGCCCUGAGAGAGAGGAAACGCCUGAGCUUAAUUAGACUCAGGGAGAGGAAGAAAGACGCGAGCAAGCAGGGUGCUCACCUGUACGCGAGUUGGAUACCCGUGUACGAGAAAGAAAUGCUGAGGUACCACUAGACAAGCAUUCCCAAGAUCAAGGCGACGGUAGACGCGUUCAACCGGGAGGGGUUUCAUGUGAUUCGGAAGGCCUUGACUCAAUCAGACCUACGAGCCGUCCUUUCUGACGUUACAGAAACCACCCGGCGCGCAAGCGAGAGCUCGAGCUGGGCCAACAUGUUUUCCCACAUGGACAAGCAGGGGCGCCUCAGGACGAGCAAUGACCGGCAGAUGACAAUGAUGGACGAUCAUGGUGCCGCAGCAGCUGUUUGCCAGAAUCUCGUUUCGGAGAACCUCGGAAGCGGGGGGCGAUUCCAGAUGGAAGUGCGCGGCGUAACUCUCAUGAGCACGCUGGCUGAAAACGACCAGCCCGAUCAUACCGAUUACGGCGUGGACAACGCUGGCGA